CGCUCCCAGCGUGUGGCAGCUUUCAUCUUUUGGCGCACUUUCAUCACCUGGCGCUUCCCAUGUGGGCCCAGAAACGGGGGAAUCUGGUGGCGGGUGUCGCAAAAAAAAAAAAAAAACAAAAAAAAAACUGGGGCAUCAAAAGUCCCAAAGGCGGUGAGCUGCAACUUUUCGCGCAUAAUCAGACGAGAGCAAAGAUGGUGCAAUGACAAAGAAAAGUCGUCGCAGAGACGGAGAACAAACCGGAAUAAUAAAUGUGACUGUGCCGCCGCUGAUAAAAUAAUAAUAAAAUGAAGUUGAUUACGCAGCUGAGCAGUCAGCGUUCUGGGGCGAGUGAGCGAGUGAGCGAGGGAGCGAGUCAGGGUUGCAGACAGAAGUUGAGCUUCCCUCUCGCUCCUCCGCUGCACAUUUGGCGAAUCCUGUCAGGAAGCGGCGGUGAGGUGACGCGCGGCGACCAUGCUUUUUCUUCAGGCCAUCUUGAAGAGACGGCUCCUGCUGCAGAAAGAUGAUGGACCGUAUGGAAAGACGAAGGACGUCUCCGGACCGGAACACAACAACACCGCCUCGAGGAGACUCAGCAUACCAGCACUGCGGGGGGUGACGAUGGUGGAGCUGGUGAAAAAGGAAGGCAGCACGCUGGGCCUGACGAUCUCUGGAGGAACGGACAAGGACGGCAAGCCGCGGGUCUCCAACCUGCGGCCCGGCGGGCUGGCCGCUCGGAGCGACCAGCUGAACGUGGGCGACUACAUCAAGUCGGUGAACGGCAUCAACUUGACCAAACUGCGGCACGAGGAAAUCAUCAGCCUCCUCAAGAACGUCGGCGAGCGAGUUCUGCUCGAGGUGGAGUACGAGCUGCCGCCCACAGCGCCAGACAGCACAUCGGGUGUGAUCUCCAAGACGAUCGACAUCUGUUUGCACAAAGAAGGGAGCAGCUUCGGCUUUGUGGUGAGAGGCGGCAUCCACGAAGACUGGCACAAGUCGCGCCCCCUGGUGGUCACGUACGUGCGGCCCGGAGGCCCCGCUGACAGGGAAGGCACACUGCGUCCUGGCGAUCGCCUCCUGACGGUGGACGGCGUGCCGCUGCACAACGCCAGCCACAGCGACGCCCUGAGCGUGUUGGCUCAGUGCGGACAGGAAGCCCUGCUCCACAUCGAGUACGAUGUCACGAUCAUGGACACGUUGACCAACGCGUCAGGUCCUCUCCUGGUGGAGAUGGCCAAACCUCCGGGGGCCACGCUCGGCAUCACGCUGACGUCAGCCAGCCAUCGCAACAAGAGGGUCAUUGUCAUCGAGCGAGUCAAGCCCGGAAGUGUGGUGGACAGAUGCGGAGCCUUGCACGCCGGCGACCACCUGCUGUCCAUCGACGGGACGUCCACCGAGCACUGCAGCGUCCUGGAGGCCACGCAGCUGCUGGCCAGCACCACCGAGCUGGUCAGGCUGGAAAUGCUUCCCGCCCACCAGACCAGGUUGACUGGCAACAAGCAACAUGACACUGUGAAGGUUCAGAAGUCAGACCACCCUCACUCGUGGGACCCCUGCGUCAACUUCUGUCCACCGCCCGCAAACUCCACCCACUGUAACGCCAGCUCCACCCUGCACAAGUCAUGGACCGCCUCCAACAACAACGCGGUCACCAACAAUAACCUUGACUACUGCAAGUCUCUGGUGUCUGCCAGUUUCUCUCCGGGCUCCACGACCACGUCGGCCCCGAGCAGCCAGGGUUCCAACACGCUCCCCAGGCCCGCAGUCCCCAUGAGCCCCCGGAACUCGCUGCUCAAGCGCAGGCACAGAAAGAAAGACCACAAAAGCUCCCUGUCACUGGCGUCCAUUUCGGUGGGUCCGGGCGGUCAGGUGGUCCACGUGGAGACGAGCGAGGUCAUCCUGACGGGGGACCCCCUCAAUGGCUUUGGCGUCCAGCUGCAAGGAGGAAUCUUUGCCACCGAAACGCUUUCUGCGCCUCCGCUCAUUCGAUUCAUCGAACCCGACAGCUCGGCCGAGAGGUGUGGCCUCCUGCAGGUGGGCGACCGGCUGCUGUCCGUCAACGGCAUCGCCACGGAGGACGGCACGCUGGAGGAGGCCAACCAGCUGCUCCGCGACGCCGCGCUCACCAACAAAGUCGCCCUGGAGAUUGAGUUUGACGUGGCAGAGUCCGUGGUGCCCAGUAGCGGAACGUUUCAUGUCAAACUGCCCAAGAAAAGAGGCGUCGAACUGGGACUCACCAUCAGCGCCAAUAAAAAGGCGGGAGAGCCUCUCAUCAUCUCCGACAUCAAGAAGGGCAGCAUGGCACACAGGACAGGAACUCUGGAGCCAGGCGACAAACUUUUGUGUAUCGACAACGUGCGUCUGGAGACUUGCUCCCGGGUGGAGGCCGAACAAAUCCUGCAGCAGUGCGAGGAGCUCGUCAAGCUCAAGAUCCGCAAGGACGAGGACAACUCGGACGAGCAGGACACGUCUGGCAGUAUCAUCUACACGGUGGAACUAAAGCGCUACGGAGGCCCACUGGGCAUCACCAUCUCGGGCACGGAGGAACCCUUUGACCCCAUCACCAUCUCCGGACUCACCAAACGAGGCUUGGCUGAAAGAACGGGCGCCAUCCACGUAGGCGACCGCAUCCUGGCCAUCAACAGCGUGAGCCUGAAGGGCAAACCCCUGAGCGAGGCCAUUCACCUGCUGCAGAUGGCCGGAGAGACCGUCACGCUCAAGAUCAAGAAGAUGAUCGACAACCCGGACGAUCGCAAAGCGAGCGAGGCAGACGAAGCCACGGAGAACGAGCUGAGCGCCGGCGAGGACGACGACUUGACCGACUUGACGGACAGCCAGCAGACCAACAAACUGUCGGAACUUUACGCCACGACUGUCCCCAGUGUCGACUCUGCCAUGGACUCUUGGGACGGAUCCGGCCUGGAUGCCGGAUACUGCAGCCAGGGCACGUACAACCACCAGGCGUCCACCGGCAUGGCCCUUCACCCUCACGAGUGGCGCAGUGCUAAGCAGCAGCAGCAGCAGCAGCAGCAGCACCACCGCAGCACGACGCCCCCACCUGGCUGCCGGAAGAACUACCCCUUCAGCGACGGCGGAUUCAGCGAGGACGAGUGGGAAAAACCGUUGGGUUUCCUUGGCCAACCAUCGGACGGAAUUCUGCUGGACCCCGACGACAGUUUCUGGUGUCAGGCCCUGGAGGACCUGGAGACCUGCGGCCAAUCGGAGCUGCUCAGAGAGAUCGAGGCAUCAAUCAUGACCGGCACAGCCAUCAGUUUGGGCGUGGAAGGCGUCAACAAAGCCCCGAGCGAUCCCAUCCUCAGCCACGGCCGGAUGAGCCCCCUGCAGCGGAACUCCCUCCUUCACCAGGGGGCGCACCUGCACGACGAGCUGCACCUGCGCGACCGUGAAGAUGCCCGCCUGGAGGUCCGCUUCCACCCGGAUGAGCUGCUCCACGCGGGGGCGCACCUCCUCCAGGACAACAUGCCCCCGCUCGUGCACCACGAAGCCAAGUCCAAAGCCUCGUUGAGGGUUUCGGAAAGGACGUGGGAGUCGCGCCGCAUCAAGGAGGAGAUGCAAGGGCUUUUGUCCCCAACGCCUCUGGAGCUGCACAAAGUUACCGUGAUCAAAGAUCCCGAAAGUGACGACUUUGGCUUCAGCGUGUCCGACGGCUUCCUGGAAAAGGGCGUCUAUGUCAACAUGGUCCGAGCGGAUGGGCCGGCCGACCGAUCGGGCCUCCGGCCCUACGACAGGAUCCUUCAGGUCAACCACGUCAGGACUCGGGACUUUGACUGCUGCCUGGCGGUGCCGCUCAUCACGGAGGCCGGCGACCGGUUGGAGCUGGUCAUCAGCCGCAACCCGCUGGACGGCGCCGAGGAUAACAACAACACGCUGGACCACCACCCCCUGGACCUGUAGCGCACAAGCAACAAACAGCCAGUCAGUUUUUGCAGCGUGAUGGAUUUCCAGCCGACGAGCACCAGGUUCUGCCUCGUGCUUUUUCCACUGAUGCCCUGAGACCCAACAAACCACCACCAACCUGAGGAUUUAAACACCUGCGUCAUG